CACAUCCUUGAAUACAAUAACUGCUUUCCUUUGGAGCUAAUAUCAUUCGAGAAGGCGGCUUCAUGCCGACUUGCAAGAUACAAGGUCAAAUAUAUCAUUUGCAUGGUUCAAUGGUGCCAACACCAGAUGAACCGCAUCAAUUUCUGCAAAUAUAUUUCAUUUCGUCGAUGGUGGAUCAGCUGAACGUGCGGUGCAAUAUACAGGGAGCACAACAGUUAAAGAGACGAAUUAUUGAACAGUUGCAAGCAUUUUUUCACGCUAAUAAUGCUGUGGUUAAUAUGUUCAAAACAGCAUUGGAACGAAUGCCAUCGGAUACGCACAAAUUUGUCAUAAGAGCGGAUUGUACUCCGACAGGUGAACAUGUGCGAAGAUUCAAUGCACCCACCGUUAAUGAUGUUGCUGCAAUUAUUGUUGGCGAUCCAACUAAAUCACGAGACAUUGUCGUUCAGCGAAGAAGCAAUAUCAUGCAUCGUGUAAACGAGACACAUCGUUUGUACGAUGCGUUACAAUAUCCAAUCAUUUAUUGGCAAGGGCAAGACGGAUACGACAUCACGUUGAAGAUGGUCGAUCCAAUUACAGGAGUAUCAACGAAUAAUAAAAAUCUAAGCGCAAUGAAUUACUAUGCGUAUCGUAUGAUGAUUCGUACACACGAGGAGAAUGUCAUUCUGAAGUGCGGUCGGCUAUUCCAGCAAUUCGCUGUUGACAUGUAUGUCAAAGUCGAGACCGAACGUUUAGCGUUCAUCAGAUUCAAUCAGCCAAAGCUACGAUCUGAGGACUAUAUACACUUGCGUGAUGCUAUUCAUUCAGAUGGUGAUGUUCAGAAUAUUGGACGACUGACGAUUCUCCCAUCAACUUAUAUCGGAAGCCCACGCCACAUGCACGAAUACGCUCAAGACGCUAUGACGUACGUGCGAAAUUAUGGAACUCCGGAUUUAUUUAUUACGGUCACAUGCAAUCCGAAGUGGACGGAAAUUGAACGCGAGUUGGAACCGGGUCAAAAACCGCAAGAUCGCCAUGACAUAAUCGCCAGAGUAUUUCAGCAAAAACUCAAGGUUAUGAUGGAUGUGCUUACUAAGUAUCGAGUUUUUGGUGACACACGUUGUUAUAUGUACUCGGUGGAAUGGCAGAAGCGUGGACUACCGCAUGCUCAUAUCCUAAUUUGGUUGCUGAACAAAUUACAUUCAAAUGAAGUGGAUGACAUCAUAUCAGCUGAAAUUCCUGAUCCAGUCACUGAUCCCCGUCUACACGACAUUGUGACGACACAGAUGGUGCAUGGACCGUGCGGUGCAUUAAAUCCAUUAUCGCCAUGCAUGGCUGAUGGAAAGUGCACAAAACGAUAUCCGCGACCGUUAGUUGCUGAAACAGUCACAGGGAACGAUGGAUAUCCAGUUUAUCGUCGGCGUUCAAAAGAAGAUAACGGUGUUUUCAACUGA